AAUGGAUACGGUACUCCGGACCGCUGUCUUUGUGUGGAUUUCAGCUGGAUUUCUGUGUGUAGCUGGAAGAACCGAGAACUGUCCAAGAAACAACUUCACGGCAAAGUGUGAAUUUGUUUUCAGAAAUGUAUGUUUCGAGUUUGUUGGAGAACCGAAAACCUAUUCCCAGGCUGGGAGCAGCUGUGAAAAGCAAGGAGGAGAGCUCCUGAAGGGGAUGAACAACCCAACCAAAAUCUUCUUGGACAACAUAACCCGAGACUGGAACACCAACUUCAAUCACACAUGGUGGCUUGAAAAGACGGUUGGAAGGGAUAACUGGAAAUCCACCAAUAAAAACACCUCAUGCAUAUACAUGAAGCUGAAUCCUCUCCAGCUCCUAACGUCUGACUGUAAAAAGAAAAGAGGCUUCCUCUGCACCCACAGUUUACAGUCUCCAUCAAACACAAAGUGUACUGAAAUUUCCAGCCAUGCAACCAGACAUCGGCACAAAAGGGGUCUACCUUCAAACCUUCCUGGUUUAAUGUCAAAUUUGAAUAUCUUAAACAUUAACAUAUUUCUCCAGAAUGCAGACAGUGUACUACAAACGAUGGAAGUGACACCAGGGGAACCGACAGAUAGCAACAGGCAAGCAUUUGUGACAAAUUUGUUGGCAAAUGUUAAGUUACUGAAUGUCUCAUUUGCCUUGAACAACACCAAGACUCUCAAUCACAUCAUUAACUGCAGCAGUGCCAUCCUGAGUCUGUCACUGAAAAACUGCGAUCUUAAAAACAACCAAAACAAUCAAGUAAGUUAG